CGCGCGCGCUACAGACGCUAUGGACAGUAGGGUUCGACUCGCGCUACGCGGCACGACAUUAUUUUUAGCGGCUGGUUUGUGUUGCUGUGUGGGAGUAGCAGGAGCUCGCCCCAUCUCUGCCGCCGCACGAGGAACAUUCGUCAUAUAGGUCCGGCCUACGCUUGUUGGAGCUCUGCUUGAGGUUUUCCGUUUCAAACGAGGAUAACGGAUCGUUCCUAACUGGACGACAAUAACACGACUCUUCUGAAAGGGGCUGUAUCACGUUAACAAUCGCCCAUUGAUACCGGAUAGUUUGUCCUUGCACCCAGCCGGCCUGGUGUUGGGUUGCCUAAAAAAGAAAUGACUAGUCCCAGCGCGGAUAGCCACGCAUCAAUAAAUGCCACACAAAACGAAUCGGAGCCAAUUGAAGCAAGUCAUCCUGAACCCGCAUUUCAAGAGGCGCAGGAAUGGAUCGAGGCCGUGACGGGGAGAAGCUUUGGAGACAUGGGCUUCCGCAGUGGUCUGGAGAAUGGCAUCCUGUUGUGCGAGCUCCUGAGUGCUAUAAAACCAGGACUGGUGAAGAAAAUCAACAGACUGCCCACACCAAUUGCGGGACUGGACAACCUGACGGUGUUCCUGAGGGGCUGUGAGGAGUUGGGCCUUAAUGGGUCACAGCUGUUUGAUCCAGGGGACCUGCAAGACACGUCCAUACGGGCCAACCUCAAAGAUGCUGACUGCAACAGAAAACUCAAGAAUGUCCUGAAUACAGUGUUCUGGCUGGGCAAAGCUGCUAACAGCUGCACCUCCUACAGUGGUCCUACUCUCAACCUCAAGGAGUUUGAAGAACUGCUGGCUCAAAUGAGAAUGGGCUGUGAAGCGAUGGGUGACACUGGAGCCCUGACAGUGAGAGACAGUGGCUAUGACUGCUGGGAUUCUGAGCGGAGUGAGUCCCUUUCUUCACCUUGCCACACCCGAGACAACUCACUGGACAGUCUGGACUCCUUUGGUUCCCACUCUCAGCAAAGCCCUUCUCCUGAUGUGAUCAACAGACUCAACAGUGAUGGGCGGGGCAGUGACUCGGAAGCGGAGGGUAAGAAACCAGAUAUGCGCAGGGAUGACAUGUUGGCCCGGAGGACGGCCAGCAGCGAAUCACGAGCCCCCGUUCCCUUCAACCAGUUCCUGCCCAACCGGACCAACGCCACCGCCUACGUCCCGGCCCCCCGCCGCCGGGCCCACGGCGAGGAGGGGGAGCAGCGGAGUCAACACUCCCCCGUCUUAGCAGAAGGUGAUAGUAUGGCAAGUUCUGGCCCUCGAUCCAAACCCCUGAAAACCGUCACAUGGGCCCGGGGAGACAGCGUCAAUGAGGUGGACGAGGAACCCACUCAGCAAGGUCCGGACCUGACCCAGGGAGACCAGGACUGUUCCCAGGAAGACCAGGAGUGCACCCAGGAAGACCAGGAGUGCACCCAGGAAGACCAGGAUUGCACCCAGGAAGGCCGGGAUGUGAGCCGGGAAGUCUUAGAGCAGAAGAGGUUGCAGAGGCUUCAGAAGGCGGGGAUAAAGGUCCUGCCUGCCGCCGUUCGCUACAGCAGGGUCCAAGAACCCUCGGAGGAGGAGGAGGGCCACAAAGACAGGGGUCCGUCGCCCGACAUCAUCCUCCGGCGGGACAACGACUUCCUGUCCAAUCGCAAAGCCACGUGGGACGCGUCCUCCUCGUCCGACGGCGAGGGCGAGGAGGAGGCCCGGAGGAAGGUUCCGGACGUGCGCAAGGACGACCUGGCGUCGCGGCGGGCCCCCCGCGCGGCCCUGGCUCCCAGGGUGCACCAGUUCUUGCCGGCGCCGGUCUGCAGCAGCAGGGACCGGGAGCGCUGGGAGGGCAUCCGGCGAGCCUCCCAGCAGGCCCUGCAGGAGAAGGAGCCCAGUGAGAGGGCGGCGGCUGUCUCUGACAUCAUCACGCGAAAAGACAACCCCUUCCUGAACGCCAACCCGCGGGCGGGGGAAGGGGAAGACGAGGAGGACGAGGAGCAGGGGGGAAUGGGAGGAGUUAAGGCGGUGCCCAAUAAGGUGAAGGAUGACCUGGCUCGGAGGCGUGCUCUGGCAAAGCCCCGCCCCCAUAGGGAGGGACCAAUGAGCUUCGGGUCUGCCUCGAUGAGCCAGGCAGACAAGCAGAAGUGGGAGAGACUCAGAAUGGCUGAACCAAGUGAUCCCGGCCCCGCCCCGGUGUGCGGGGCUUGUCAGGGCAGCCAGGUGGACGGUCCCCCCAUCGGCUCAGCCAAGGCCGGACGCAGCCGUAGCAAAGUGGUGACCUUUGGUGGAGUGACUGAGAUCAUGCAGCCCAGGGAAGGGGAACAGUCAGACAUGCUUAGGCGGCUUCUCGCCAAGGCAACCAUUGCUAUGCCUACUAUUGACCUGGCCUCCCGGCUAAGGGAGGAGGAACGCAGCCAGGUCAACGGAUCCGACCCCAUGCUAACUCCGCCCCCCACCCCCUCUGACCUCCGACCCUGGACCCCCGAGGCCACGCCCACCGCGGCUGAGACGGACGCACGCUUCGCUCAGUACGCGAAGGCGGCGCAAGAGGAAGACGAAGAGGAGGAGGAGGAGGAGAGGAUGCCCAACCUGCAGAAGGACGACAUGCUGGCCCGGAGGACGGGGGCGUUCAGCCGCCGCGCCGCCCCGUACAACCACUUCCUGCCCCUGCCGGCGUCCAAGCGUGGCACGCAGGGGGAGGUGCAGACGGACGCCGCGCCGCGGGGCAGGAAGGCCGUGAGAGCCGAGUGGGAGAGGAGGGCGGAUCCCAGAGGGUCCCCUGUGAGAGAGUUGCCGCAGGAGAGCAUCCGGGUUCCCGUGGAAACGCCUCCCCAGCAGCGGGCACCGGACCAAGCCAUCGCCCGGCCGUCCCCACGUAGUGACGACGAAGAGGACGAGGAAGAGCAGGAGGGCGUGGUGCUCCCCGACCCGGAGAAGGACGAUAUGAUGGCGAGGAGAACCCGAGCGUUUAACACACAAACUGCCGCGGGGAAGAAAGCGCCGGUCAAUCGAUUCUUGCCGGUGCCUGGGUCCGCUGUACAUAGAAACGUUGCGCCGCUUUUACCCGUGUCGAAUCCCCCGCUGCAGAGCAGACUGAAAACAGCAGAGAAGAGAAACAGAGACAGCAGAAUGGCUGCUGAGUCAGUAGAAGAUCCAAUCAUACCUCCUCAGAAAGCCCCCGGCAGAUUGCCCACACGGGCCGGGGGGGAGGAAGAGGAGCGGGAGAAAGAGGGGGAGGAAAAGAAAGAGAGACGUCGAGAAAGAGACGCGACGCUUCCUAAUGCCUCCGCCCCCCUCGCCCGUCAAACCGCCACCCCCCCGGCAGGCCCUCCUGCUGGGGCUCCUCAGGGUGUGGGGUCCCCGGGGGGCCGGCAGAGCUCUGAGGGGGAGGCGGGGGUGACCGAGGUGGAGGAGGUGAAACGAGGGGCCGUGGAAAUGCGUAGCAAUGGGGGGGAGCCCCGCGGACCGCAGUGGAUGGAGGAGGAUGAUCUGCCCCCGAUGAUGAUGAGUCGACGGGUUGCUUAUAGGUCUGAUGACAAAGAGAGCAUGAGUAUGGGUGACAUGCCGACGGAGGAGGAGGCCAUGGGGUCCGUGCCCCCGCUGAACCAGUCCCGCUUCGAGCGGACGCACGAGACGCUACACAACUUCGAGGAGGAGGACGACGGUUGGCAGGACAAUCUGGCCCGCUGGAAGAACCGCCGCCGCAGCGCCUCCCAGGAGCUGAUCAAGAAGGAGGAGGAGAGGAAGAGGAUCGAGAAGAGGAUGAAGGAGAACGGGGUGGAGAGCGGCAAGCGGAAGAGCAUCAAGACCUACAAAGAGAUUGUGGAGGAGAAGGAGAAGCGGGAGAUAGACCUGUGUGAGUCCUACCGGAGAGCUCAGACCCCAGAGGAGGCCGCCAUGGUGCUUCAGCGCUACGCCCUUCGCUUCACCAUCAGCGACGCCACCCUGGACAGCCUGAAGCUGCCCCGAUCCACCUCCCCGAACACCACGCCCGCUGACCCGGACCAGAAGGACCGGGAGCCCCACCCCCCACCGCAGAGCACACACCCUCCCUCUGAGACCCCGGAACCUCCGCACCUCCGACCGGAUCCCGCUCGGAUGACGGAGCAGCACCCGACACCCCAGGAGAACGAAGGGGAGGAGGGGGUCCCGGAGGCCCGGUCCUCCCCGACCCCACCGGGCUCCUCGACCGGCCAUGUCGGUCGGCCCCGACCGUCUCUGCCGCCGCGACCGGCGCCUUCAGAACUACGACCGCAUCAGCCCCCCCAGGGAGAGCCCAGGGGGACACCACACACGCCGCCGGGCACCGGAGAGGCCCAGCCGGGACAAACCAAAGGGUUCCGGCCUCAACCGGCGAGGGAAGAUCUAGAAUCUGCAAAGACUGUACGCGUCCACCAUGUCUCCCCUACACCCUACCCGCCGUCCAAACCCGUGCCCCUGCUCACAGCCAAACCCUACUGCCUUCCCGGGAGCAGCCACAGCGCUCGCAAGUCUGUUCUGUUGGACGGCCUUGUGCGAGUGAAUGGAAACGUGAAAGAGGAGUCUAAAUUGUCGUCCACCCCUGCCUCCUCCACCUCUACUCUCAUGGAGAAUCCUGCUUCCUCCGUCUCACCUCCACACUCCACGGAGGAGAAAAAGGAGGAUACUGCCUCCUUCUCUCCCCCACAGUCCCCAAAGCAGGAGAAAGAGGAGCCUGCCUCUGUCUCUCCUCCACCCUCCACAGAGGAGAAGAAAGAGCCGGCUCCCUCUUCUACACCUCUUUCGUCUCAAGAGGAAAAGAAGGAACCUGUCUCCUCCUUCUCUCCUCCACACUCCCCGAAGCCGGCGGUGCAGAAGCCUGCCACCUUCUCUCCCCCACAGUCCCCACAUAAGGAAAAGGAGGUCGCUGCCUCCUCCUUCUCUCCCCCACAGUCCCCAGAGCAGGAGAAGCAGGACACUGUCUCCUCCUUCUCUCCCCCACAGUCCCCAGAGCAGGAUAGGCAGGACACUGUCUCCUCCUUCUCUCCCCCACUGUCCCCAAAGCGGGAGAAAGAGGAACCUGUCCCCUCCUUCUCUCCCCCACUGUCCCCAAAGCAGGAGAAGGAGGAACCUGUCCCCUCCUUCUCUCCCCCACUGUCCCCAAAGCAGGAGAAGGAGGAACCUGUCCCCUCCUUCUCUCCCCCACUUUCCCCAAAGCGGGAGGGGGAGAAGCCUGCCACCUUCUCUCCCCCACUGUCCCCACAUAAAGAGAAGGAAGACCCUGCUUCAGAGCAGACAGCAGCAGACAGCCAGAGAACCGCUUCAGACCAGCCGACAACCGAGAGCCGAGGCUCCCAUUCCGGGUCGGCCAUGAGCGCUCUGAUUGGAGGAAGGAACUGCAUCAUCACCACCACUAUUGUGACGGAGCUCACGCAGACUGUAGUGGAGACCAUCGCCAUGGAGACCGAUACUGAUGGAUCGGUCAAUGGCACCACGGAGCGGUUUGACUCAUCAACAGAAGAGAGAGAGCCUGCACCAGCUGCUCUACCAUUACCUUCAUCAUUGCCAUUGACACCAUUAUCCCCAUUUACACCAUUAUCACCCUUAUCACCAUUAUCCUCAUUAUCACCAAUAUCACCAUUACCCACCAACGGGCAGAUGUAUUCUCCAACUAUAUCAGAGGGCAUCCAAGAGAGCAGCUCAACUAUUGAGACCCCCAUGUUGAACUUGGCUAAGCGUGUUAAUCACUGGGUCUGGGACCCCAAUGAGGAGCGUAAGCGGCAGGAGAGGUGGCAGCGGGAGCAGGAGCGCCUCCUUCAGGAGCAGUACCAGAAAGAACAAGAGAAACUGAAGGGGGAGUGGGAAAGAGCUCAAAAAGAGGUGGAGGAGGAGGAGAGGAGACACAACGAAGAGGAACGGAGGAUUCUGGAUGAGACUGCGACGCCCCUUAAUCCUUCUGGCCUGGCCAAGCCGCCCCGCCCGGCUCCAGAGGAGGAGGGCUCCAGACCGGCCCAGCCCAACCACCAGACCCUGGGAAGGGCUGCACACGCAGAGCCCCACAUCCAGAGACCCACCACUACCAACGAAGAUCAGCACAAAUCAAAGCUCCAUUUCUUCCAGGAGUCAUCUCAGGAUAGCGAGGCGUCGAGGAAACACGACCUGUGGAAGACCUCUUCCUUGGACCGCAACACCCAGCUCCUUCAGUCCAACACAGUGAAGAGGUCAGGCUCUGACAACACAGUGGCCGGAUCACAGCAGCCUCCAUCUUCCUCCUCACAGCCUCCUUCACCCAGCAGAUGUGUCAGUGGGAAGAGGCUGUGCUCUGGAUGUUCUCAGCCUCUGGGGAAAGGAGCGGCCAUGAUCAUUGACACCAUGGGACUGUUCUUUCACUUGCCAUGUUUCAAGUGUGGCGUGUGCAGUGGCCAGAUGGGGGACACCAGCACUGGGACCGAUGUCCGGAUCCGCAAUGGACAUCUGACCUGUAAUGAGUGCUACAUCGCCACUCGUGGUGGAGGUCAGCCCACAACACUAUGAGGACCAUGAUUCUCUGCAGCCGCCCGACCCUCCCUCCAUCACUGACAGACAGACAGAUAUUCAGACUACUGUGAUGUGACCCGUUUCCCAGUAGAACAGGAUAUCAAGGCGGGUUAAUAAACAACAUUUCGGCCCUGGGGAGGGGUGUGUAUUGAUUUGUGAUCCUGUGAACCGCCCAAACGAUGUAAUCAAUACUUUUGGCGGUCAGAUUGAUAUGCACGUCCACACGGACAUUUGUGUUCUUUUUAGAUACAAUAAGGUAUUCAUUAAUGAAUGAUUAUAUACAAUAAUAUUAGUUUCAUUUUGUCUUUGACAGUAAUUUAGGAAGGAGAAAACUGGAAUAUUUUUUAAUAAAACAUAUAUAGAUAUAUAUGGAUCUAUCGAUGAAGAAACGACUCGAGUGCCAUUAGGUCCUUGCACAUCCAUAUAGAAGCACAGUCAUGGACACAUGGACAUUUGCCCAGGGAAUGCAUUAAGCCCUUUGUAUGUCCGCUAUACAUCAUGGCGAUCUGACAGCAUAGUAACCCAGCCUUGGGUUUGAAAGCUUAUUGUAGCCUGAACAUUUACAAUGCCUUACUCACAUCUUCUCGUUUAGUUUUGUUUUCUUUUGGGUUUUUCUUGACUGCUUUGCAUGAACGAAGAACAUAAAUAUCUGGGUUGUAUUGUUUUUUAUCAGAGUAUUGUCUGGAUUACUUAAAGUAGGUUUUGCUCUUAUAUAUUCUUAUCCCCAGUGGCACUUUGACCUUCGUUGUUCCUCUCUUGUUGUACUUCAACAUUUUGGGGUUUACGGAAGCCAAUCUCGUGUGACUUGUGAUCAGACAUUAGAGUUUUUCUUAUUUUUUAAUCAGAACGCAUGCUAUUGCAACAUUUAAUGUUAUUUGAUAUUUUGCAUUAUUUCCCUCAUGUUUGAUUAUGUGUUUUUUCUUUGCGAUAGCUUGAUUGCAUCAGACUCAGUGCCUUAAGUUAUGAGCAAGGAGAGAGAAAGUAUGAGAAGACAGUUUUGUACUUACGCAGAUCUCUGGGUCAGGCACAGUGAAUGAAUGUGUAUGUCAUUAUGUAUCAGUGUGUGAGUGUGUCCGCAAACAUGCUGUUUUCACUUGAAGCACAGUUCCAUACCAGCAAAAAAAUCAACCUCCUAACCUUGAGCUUACCAAUGAGAAAAAUGUAUUUGCUGCUUCCCCAACCAUCCAGAUCCCUCAUCGAAGUUACGGUAGUUCCCCCCUCUUCCUCUCUUCACGAACGCUGCCUCCUCGUGGUUUGAAUGUACCUUUUGCCCUCUACUUCCCGCGCUAUUGCCUUUAACCUGAAACACGUUAACAGAAUAGCUUAACACCGUGUUAUCCACGCCCCGCUCAGCGCUAACAGUCUAUCUCACACAACAUGUUCAGUUCAUUGUCUUUUAUAGCAAGGGUAUGUUUGUCAAUAAAGUUGUGAAAUUAAAGUUUUCUUCUGUU